CACACUUGCUUUUUUGCUUGCAUUUUUUGAUCAUUUCACAUCAGCGAUAUCGCGGUGCUUACCUACAUCAAAACAUUGUCUUCUCUCGUCAUAUGUUCACAUGUAAUAAUAGCUAAAAAAGGAUCAAUAAGUUGGACGCCUUCAUUGAACGAGGGUGGAGGAAAAGGUCCUUGACAUUUGGAUACGUGCUCGAACAUCAUCUUCGAGGAUACGUCAAACUUUCAGCGUGAGAUGUGUACAAGCACUGCCUGCCUUUGUGUUAGCACAACACAUUGAGAGAAAAAAACUAGGAGAAAAUGCUGUUUAAGUGUGUACCCGGCCUCUUGGCCGUUCUGCUCCUCCUCGUCGGGUUUAUAUCCGCGAGGAUUCAUAAGUUUAAUAUUAAAAAAGACAGCAGGCGAUUCAUAUCUUUGAGCACCUUUGGAUUCUACAAAGAUGGAAUAUUGGAUGUUAGCUUGAUUAAUUUUAAGGCUGUGCCGUUCAAAGAGUCUGCUGUGUUUGGCUUCACCCUGGAUCGUACUCUGAGUGAUGCUAUGAAUCCUUAUCUGGACAGUCAUGAUAAAUGUGUACUUCAAGGUGCUACAAGUACGAAAUCUGAUUACGAGCAAAGGGAUGAAACAGCUGUCAUAUACUUUACCUUUGACUUAAAGGAGACGCGGUUGAUGGUCAACUGCAGUAGCAAUGUGCACUCGUUACAUAUUUAUCAAAAUUCAAGUGCAAUAUGGUUAGCUCGAAACAAGAGGGGUUCAAUGAAGAGUUUGAGUGACACUGCUCUAUUUCCUAGAAAAAAGAGAGAUAGUUCUCCUCAUGAGCUGAGACAAUCCAACAAUACGAAAUCAAAUGGUGCUGCUGUAGAAAGUACCUCGUGCUCAAAAACGUUGCCAAUGUCUGUUCACGAAGUCAAUAACGAAAAACUGUAUAACACAAGUUUUGCUAUGUACGUUGCUAAUGAAGAUCAAGAAGGCCUGUACAAUUUAUAUUUUCACAAUUGCCCCAACUAUGGACCUUACAGAACGGAAGUUGAUUUUUCGAUGGAAAUAAAAGAAAUGAAUGAUAACAAUUUUUUGAGUGCUGGCGAAAUGCCAUUGCCAGAAUUGUACUUCAUGAUGGCUGUUUUAUUCUUUCUUUCGGGUUGUUUUUGGGUUUAUAUUCUCAAGCACAGCAAGCACCCGGUUUUUAAACUUCACUAUCUCAUGGCUGUUCUCGUUUACCUGAAAUCAUUAUCUCUGUUAUUCCAUGGAAUUAAUUUUCAUUUUAUUCAAACAAAAGGUGAACAUGUUGCAGCAUGGGCUGUACUGUAUUACAUCACUCACUUGUUGAAAGGAGCUGUGCUGUUUAUUACUAUUGUUCUCAUUGGCACUGGGUGGACUUUCAUCAAGCAUAUUUUGGCCGACAAAGAUAAAAAAUUAUUCAUGAUUGUUAUUCCACUUCAGGUUUUAGCAAAUGUUGCAGAAAUUAUUAUUGAAGAGAGCGAAGAAGGUGAUAUCGAACACAACACGUGGCGAUACGUGUUUAUCCUGGUCGACUUACUUUGCUGUGGUGCCAUUAUGUUCCCAGUUGUCUGGAGCAUAAGGCAUUUACAAGAAGCAGCUCACAUGGACGGCAAAGCUGCUGCUAAUUUGCGCAAACUCAAACUGUUUAGACACUUUUAUAUAAUGAUAGUGUGCUAUAUUUAUUUUACUCGAGUGAUAGUAUUCUUGUUAACGAUUGCUGUACCUUUCCAAUACCAGUGGCUAGACGAAAUGUUCCGUGAAAUGACUAAUUACGUAUUUUUCGUAUUAACUGGUUACAAGUUUCGACCAGCAUCCGCAAAUCCUUACUUUACUCUAUCUCCUGAAGAGCUGGCUCAAGAGGACGAUGAUGAUGAGACAGAUAUUGUCGUUUCCGGUGGCAGUGCAAUGGCUGAGGGUCUCAGCAAAGUGAACAAAGUUAUUAAAGUCAACAGGUCGAAUAUUUCCGAGGUGCCGUCGACGCAAGAGGAACGAGAUACCCUAAUCAGCAAAAGGGAAUCCUUGCUCGAGUACGACUGAACGUUCUUUACUACCAAACUUAUGAUAUUUAUUCAUCAUAUGGUCACUUUUUUUCCAUAAGGAACAAUUAGAGA